GUAUAGGAAACACGCAUCAUAGGAAACACACAUCAUUGCUCCCAACAAUCCAUUCCAACCUUAGAAACCCGAGCUUCCAAUACAUUCCCUCCUUCCAUUCAUUCCCUUUUCCCCUUCUCCCAAUUUAAAUAUCUAUCCCUUCCCCUCCCUCACUCAAUUCUCAACCAACCUUUUUCUUUUCUUUUCUUUUCUCUUCUCAUGAUGGAUCCUUCUUCUUCCAACUCUGUCAAUGGCUUCUACACCUUUCUAACCCGAGGAAUCGAUGACCUCGAACGAGUCUUUCUUUCAAAUAACUUCAUGUCAAUUCAAUUCCUCCAAAGGGCCCUCUCUCUUCUCAGAUCAUGCCAUACCCAAUUGACUCUUCUUGUCCAAAAACUUCACUUGCCAGUGGGUGAAAAGUGGCUUGAUGAGUACAUGGAUGAGAGUUCCAAGCUCUGGGAAGUCUGUCAUGUCCUCAAAUCAGCCAUAACCAGCAUGGAAAACUACCACUCUGCAGGCUUCAACCUAACAUCCUCACUAGACACUCAUCAUUAUCUCACUCCUCACCUCUGUCGCCAGGUGAUCCGGGCAAUCUCGGGGUGUUGCAGAGAGGCUGUGGGAUUGGGAGAAGAGAACAGGGCAUUGAUGGAGACAAGAAUUGAGCCACUAUCACUCUGUUUUGAUGAGAAAGUCUCUAAAGUCUCUGUUGAAUCAAAGCUCAAUGGGUUCAAUGGAUUCAGGGGAGUUCUCUAUGCAAUGAGGAAUGUUAGUUCACUAUUGCUCAUGAUCUUGCUAUGUGGAUUGGUGUACUGUUCUUGGCCUGAAUCAAAUUUUCUGAGAGGUGGGUUUGAAGGGUGCUUGUUUUUUGGAUCUGGGUUGAUGAUAUCAACAGCCAGGUUGCAUCAGAGAGUGGCGGCGGAGAUCGGGCGGAUCAGCGGCGGGCAGCCGGGGAUUCUUUUGUACGAGUUUCGGAGAUCGAAGACGGCGGUUGAGGAGCUGAGGGGGGAGUUGGAGAGGAGGAGCUCACAAGGGGUGGUGGUGGAGUGGGAAAAAGAGGUUGGGAUGAGGGAGAGAGUGGAGACUUUGAAGGGCAGUUUUGGAAUUUUGAGAUCUGGGGCUGAGAAUAUUGUUGGGCAGCUUGAUGAUUUCUUUGAUGAAAUUGUUGAAGGAAGGAAAAAGCUUUUGGACUUUUGCAGUCAUAGGUAGUUAUGAUGAUACAUGUAGAAAGCAGCACGGGAUCUUCUGACUCAAAAUUCUCGUCUUCAUAUAAUUGUGUUUUAAUUUUUUUGUAUUUUGAUAUUUUUGUCGGAUCGUGGGGUAGAAAUGUAUUGAGGAUGAGAGUUUUGGAUAGAGAGUGAUCCUUUAACCAUGUAGAGAAAUUAGUUGUUGAGUGGUUUUUUUUUGUUUUUUGUUUUUUAUA